GAUGUCCUGGCGUUUUGUGCCAGUCUCGGGUGUAUCGCAGUGCCGCACAAAAGGCCGCAACUGUCGCUCCAAAAUAUAUUUAGGAAAUAAAUCCCGAAUAUUUUCGAAUCGUCCGCCAUUGUUAUUCGCGCCGCGUGCCGCCCUAGGCCGUCUGCACACCACUGACACAUUUUGUGCGGCUUCGCGCGCCUUUUGAAUUUAGAACAGUUUUGGUUUUUCUUUCGAUACCGUGCUCUCUAUAUUGAAUAGUGUUGGACUCUUGGAAUUUUAGUGUUUUAUUUCACGUGAUUUUUGGAUUUUUUUGAGAUGGAAAUCAGAAGGCGUGGCGGGCCAUCGUUUGUUACAUACUGGAUAUUUUUAUUACAAAUGCUGGGCAGCGCACGCCGCGGUGCCGAGGGUCACGGGCGGCUCAUGGACCCCCCGGCGCGCAACUCCAUGUGGCGGUUCGGCUUCCCCAACCCCGUCAACUACAACGACAACGAGCUGUUCUGCGGCGGGUAUGCCGUCCAGUGGGAGCAGAACCAGGGGCGCUGCGGCGUGUGCGGGGACGCCGAGCACCUCAACGAGCCGCGGCCCCAUGAGGCGGGCGGCAUGUAUGGGAAAGGCAUCCUCACCAGGCACUACAGCGUUGGACAGGAAAUAGAAAUAGAAGUAGAACUGACUGCGAACCACCUCGGCACGUUUGUAUUGAAGCUGUGUCCAAAUAACAACCCCAACCAAGAAGCCUCUCAGGAAUGUUUUGACAGGUACCCGCUCUACAUAUCAGGGACGCGAGAGGACCGCUUCCUGAUUCCCCUGGACACCGCGAAGAAGGACACGUUCCGGUACAGGGUGCGGUUGCCGGCCUACGUCACCUGCACGCAAUGUGUCCUGCAGUGGACUUAUUAUACUGGCAACAUGUGGGGUAUUUGCGCAAACGGCACGGAGGCAGUCGGCUGCGGGCGUUCGGAGACCUUCAGGAACUGCGCCGACGUGAGCAUCAUCACCAGCACCGGGGGUCUCCCGCCCGCCUUCGCCGGCGACCUGCGCGUUAGAGACAACCCCUUCCUGCUCUACUACCGGGACUUCAGCAUGCCGCAGAACGUCUUCCCACUCGUUGUCAGCAACGAUAUUGAUAUUGAGACCGAAGGGGACGUAGGUCCACACGUCAUUAGAGACCAAGUUUGCGUGCCGUCUGAAGGGUACCGCGUGAUCCCGGGCAUGCUGAACUGGUGCCAGACCAACUGUCUGCGGUACCCCCCCAACUGUCCCGAGAGUCUGUGCCAUUGUCCGCAAGAGUGCGACGCUAUCGGCGAGCUGGAGGGGCGGGAGGGGGCAGACGUGUACUGCCUGGACCAAUGCCUCGUGUACCCGCCGCGCUGUCCCCGGAAAAGAUGCCGUUGCUACUGAGUGUUCCUACCUACUACGGCUCAGUGCUGAACUGCGUACUACGCAAUACGCAUGCGCUGGAGCUCUUUUAUUAUUUUAUUCUUAGUCCAAGAUCCGUAUUAGAAACGACCUUCACCCAUCAUUUUAAUGGACGAAAAGGAUAUCUAAAUUAGGAACUUAAAAAAUAUGUUGCCUCAUAAACUCCUGACCAAACUAUCAUUAAUUGUAUUUAAUAAUAAUAGUUUGGCCAGGACAUUUUUAGGUAAUAUAUUUUUAAUGUAGGUACUAAUAAUAUAAACCUCUUUUUAUCCAUUAAACAUGGGUGAAGGUCGUUUCUAAUUCGGAUCUUCUACUAUCUAUUUUUGGAAAACGGUAAAUAAAGUGACAGCACAAACGCGCUUUUCUGCCAUCAUCAUCAAACGCCUUUGGCUCUUUAAGGUUUGCGUACACAUUUUUGCGUCAUAAGUCCGGUCCUUUGUUUAUAUAAUCAAAGGUCCGGUCCUUUUAAUUCAGAAACGAAUAUUCACAAAAAUUAAUUUAAAAUACCAGAUAAUCGUUUCAUUUCCAUCAAUAAACCACAUAUAGUGAAAUAGGUACGUCUAUUAAACGCGAAAUGGUAGUAGCAUUUUGAAUUUUGUAAGUUUUCCUGUAUUAGUAGGUGGCCUAAUUUGUUAAGAAAAAAAAAUCAUUUUGUUACUGUUCCCACAAUUUAAAACCGUAAAAAUAAUUUCAAACCGUUCAUACCUACUUGAUUAUGUAGAAUAAUUUAGAAGGAUUAUUUUUAUCUAGAUUUUCUCGUCGCCAUACCUACAUCCUAUUUUUUUAGUUAAAAAAGCAUUAUCGAUGUUUAGAGUAUUUCGUUUAGGAUUCUCAAAACAUCGAUUAUGUCGCCUGUACAGAUGUAUAUAUUACAUUUAAUACUUGUAAAUCAAUGGUUUUGUAUCUAUUUUUAUCUGAAUAAGUGAUUAUUGUCCUUAAUAAUAAAUAUGUGGGUCGAUAGAUACCUACUGUGUGUACAAUAUACAAUUGGACUUCACUUCCAUGAGCUAGUAUGACGUGACGGGUAGCAGCGACGAGUACUAUCAUUUUGUGGUAGAGGAAACACGUCGAGCAAGUCCCAGGACUUGUGACCUUGGGUGUAGGUUUAAGGGAUCCCUUUCAUCAUCAUCAUCAUUAUCAGCCGAUGGACGUCCACUGCUGGACAUAGGCGUCUUGCAUAGAUUUCCAAACAAAACGGUCUCGAGCCGCCAGCAUCCAGCAGCUCCCUGCAACCCGCUUGAUGUCUUCUGUCCACCUAGUGCGGGGUCGCCAUUCCAACACCUUGGGACCCUAACGUCCAUCGGCUCUUCGAACUAUGUGGCCUGCCCACUGCCACUUCAGCUUCGCGACUCGCUGAGCUAUGUCAGAGAUUUUGGUUCGUCUGCGGAUCUCCUCAUUUCUGAUUCGAUCACGCAGAGAAACUCCAAGCAUAGCUCGCUCGCUUCAUCGCCCGCUGAGUGACUUUGAGCCUUCUUAUAAGGCCCAUAGUUAGCGACCAAGUCUCCGUAGGUCAUCACUGGCAACACGCACUGUUCGAAAACUUUCGUUUUCAGGCACUGAAGUAUUUACCUCUUUGAACUCUCUCUUGUUCUCCAUGCCCACACUAAAUAAUUUAUGAUCAAUAAUUACAAUAACUAAAUUUCAAUAGUGAGCCGAAUAUGGGUUGAUAAUGAUGAUUAAUUACAACAUAAAACAUUAUGAAUAAUUACAACACCAAACAUUAUUGCACAAAAUUACUAACGCGACUAGCAGCGUGACGGUGUUUACGCUGCCUAACAAAGAACUGAACUCAAGUCAUCAAAUACUCUCUUAAUUAUACCAUCACUGUUCAUGCACAUCAUCCUACAUCACGAAUCUAUGACUUAUAAAUAACAAUUUGUGGAGUCAACAGUAAUAUAGUAUAUUGUCUAUAAUCUAGAUUAUAGAACUUGCUCACGGAGAUGAGGUCUAAGGAUAAGGAUUUUGUACAAUAAAUAUUUUUAAAAUAAAAA